GCUAACAUGUUUAUACUAGAAAUAAAGUACGUAUUUUCAAGCAGGACUAUUGGAACAACUUGAUUUGUGUUCAGUUUGUCGGGUUUUGCAGAAAUAGGAAGACAACAGACUUUGCUGCAAGGUAGGUUGACCAGCACUGGGUUUGCUGGGGUUUUUCUCUCAAUUGAGUCAGAUCACGUUCCACCGUUGGUGCCAGCAGUCUGCCCACACCAGGAAGCGCCCUAUUCCUCCUCCGCCACAUUUCCGAAGAGAUCCUGAAUCAUCAGUGAUUUACAGAAGGCACAGGUCUGGUACCAAGCAGGAAGCACUGAUGAUCCUAAUGGCAAUGAGAACUUUCUCAAGAACCUGUGUACUUCCAGAGUUAAUCUGAUUACCAGACCCAGGAUCAGGAGCAAGAUUCUCCCUCUAGGUCAAACUGCCAGGGCUUAUGGAGUGACAGCAGGAAAGGAGCAUGGCAUGUGACAUCUUCAGCUACCAGAGCUCCCCGAAGCAUCUGGAACCACCUGGAGUUUCUGGAGUGCGAUACAGCACCAGGCUGGCUGCAGGAGGCCUGAUCCCACCUGUAACCCAAGCUUCUGUGGCUGGGCUUGUUCCUGCCAAAAGCAGAGGCUGUGGAUGAGCAACCUGAUGCGAAUUUGGGCUGCAAGUUGUUCCCUGAACGCAAGACAGCUGCAGCCGGGGGGUGCUGCCGGCGCAAGGAGGAGGAACAGAACCACCACUCAGCAGAGGGGUGAAGGAGAAAUUGCCCAACAACAUAAAGGAGCUCAACCGAAAGCACACUUUUUCUUUUAAUAACAGAUAUUGCUUUAAAAAGUAAUCCUGGUGCCCUAAGAUUCAAUAUGUGCAUAUGAAAUGUGCAGUGGUGCACGGCAAUCAGUGUAUUUCAAAACAAAGGAGAAAUAAGACACAAAAGAAUGACGUGACUCCAGAUUGACGUAGGCGCUUCUGUGGUUCAUUGGUGAUAGACAUCCAUCCAAAGGACUCCAAAUCCCUACACCCAACCUAAUCUUAAAGCAUUUGGCUUCCAGAGCACCACAGUGCCCUCCAUCUUCUCAGUCUCAAGAUUUUUUUUGCAUAGAUCAAAAUGGCUGAUGUUGAAAAAGGCAAGAAGAUCUUUAUUCAGAAAUGUUCUCAGUGCCAUACAGUUGAGAAAGGUGGAAAGCACAAGACAGGACCAAAUCUUUGGGGUUUAUUUGGCCGCAGAACAGGACAAGCUGCAGGAUUUUCUUACUCUGAUGCAAACAAGAACAAAGGAGUUGUCUGGAAUGAGAACACACUGAUGGAGUAUUUGGAAAACCCUAAGAAAUACAUUCCUGGUACAAAAAUGAUUUUUGCUGGAAUUAAAAAGAAGAAUGAAAGAGCUGAUCUUAUUGCAUACUUGAAAAAAGCAACUUCAUGAAACACUGCUGCAGCAGCUGUAAUGUCAGUGAAAAAAUGUUUCGAAUUUUGACUAGCUCCUGUGUUAAUUUUUAGUAUUUUGAUGUUAAUUAUUCAUUAGGGACUGACCUUAGCAAAAUCAAACAAACAUAUGUUUUACAAUGCUAUGUCCUAAUAAACAACAUUGGGAGGUGAGCAUUUUUUAUAUUGUGUUAUAUAUUUCAUAGACCUUUGUGGAGUGUACUAUAGAAAUACUGUUCCUUCCUAUAAGGAGGGCCCAAUUCUGCAACUAGUUAUUCAAACACACACUGAAACUAUUAUUCAGUUGUGGCUAUGUAAAUAAGAAAGUGUCUGUAAGUAUUAGGACUGACAACUAAAUGAAGUUUUUUCUUUUGGAAAAAAAAUCCUCGGCAUUGUCACCUGUGAAGGAAAUCACAAUACGCAGUAAAUAACAAAAUAUUCAUUAAAAGAACACUAUAUAAGGAUGAUGGAAGCGGAAUAUCAAGAAUAUCAGAUAUUUUCAGGGGACAAGUAACCUUUCAGUAGUGACGUUGAUUGACCUAAAAGAAUCUUAAGGAGAUACCUGAAUACCCAUGACCUUUUUGGCUUAAAAAUAUAACCCUAGUCAUUGUAUUGUUAGUGUUCCUUUGUGUAUUAAAAAAGCAUAAUCAUCUACUGGUCAUUUUUCAAAACUGUGGAUUUUUUUCUCCAUUUGAGGCUAAUAUAUUAAGGUAUCCUUAUCCUCUAAUGUGUAGAAUGAAUGAGGGCUAACUAGCUCAAGCAAAUGAUAGUAGUAGGUAUUUCCACCAACAGUAGAGGAUUGAUGAAGGUGAUUAAAGUCCUCCUAAAACCUCCUCAAGAAUCUCUAAGACUUCUUGAAUUGUGAUUUACAAUUUAAUUCUCUGUUUACACAGAUGUAAUGGAUUAAAACAUACUUCACUCAAGCAAGGUUUCCUUAUGUCAUGACAGAAGGGGAGCAUUAGUACAAAACUAAUUUGCUAUAGCGCCUAUUGCUAGGUACUCAUUUUAUCGGUAUUGUUCUUUAACUGAUUGUCUUACCGUGCUCCAUAAAGCUGAACUGCUGUUUUUAAAUAAUGGAAUAAGUGAGAGUCAGGUGAAAAGUUCUGUGACACAACUGGAUGAGUACCUGCUUUUUUUUGCUUUUGUGCUGUAGCUGUAAGAUACUUCCCCCUUUCAGUUUAAUAGUCAGGACCUCUUCUCUUGACUGUUUAGACAAUUAAAACACCUGCCUGAAUGACAAAAAUUUUCUCGAGUGCUUUUGUCAAUUGCAUUUUGACGAGUGCUAUGCCACUGCCUUUCUAAAGAGAGAAACACACUAUGCCUGAGAAAUGCAAGUUUUAUGCCCUUUUAGGGCAUCUCUGUAUGUUUGUACUGAGGGGACCAGGCGAGACUGGCUAAAGCCUGCCUUGCUCUCUGAGCUGGCACUGCGCAUCCAAGCUGAUAAAAGCUGCCUCACACCUAAGAUGAAUCAGAUAGAAGCGGCCCAUACCUCACU